AUGACAUGCAUUUUGUCAUUAUUUAAUUCAUGCUUAGUUCAUGCUCAGAACCCUUUUUCUCCCGCUACUUUACCCCUCGCCGUCCGAUCACCCUACCUCAGCGCCUGGGAAUCUUCUCUCACAACUGACCAGGCACCGCUCAAUCAGUGGCCAGUUACAUGGCCAGCAUCUGUGAUUUUGGGGUGGUUUGGUGCUGCCAGAGUGGACGGUGCUGCUUACCGCUGGCUGGGCAACGCUAAUCCACCGAAUGUUUCAGUCACUGUGGCGAACACAACGGUUGUCAGUGUCACACCCACCCGUACGAUUUUCACUAUUCCUUGCGGUCCGAUGGUCCUCAAUGUUACGUUUCUCAGUCCAAUCGAACCUGGAGACCGGGUCCGUCAAUCGAUUCCUUUCAGCUAUAUGUAUGUGGACGCGACCUCGGCGGAUGGUAAACCCCACAAUGUUCAAGUCUAUUCAGACAUCUCUGCUGAGUGGACUGCCCCAGAUCGUGCCGAUAGCAGUGCUACUUGGAUUACAGCCGUCACCUCCGACAAUGUGUAUCACGCGAUAGUCAAUUCUCAGCCUAUCGUCCUAAACGAGACUCAGCAACAGGCACAUUGGGGCACUUCUUACUAUGCGGCACAAAUGGUCGAUGGGCUGACCUACCAGACCGGAGCUGAUGCCGCCCUACGUUCUCAGUUCAUCGUCCACGGUAACCUUACGAACCAGAACGACACUGAUUUUCGUGGAAUCCACGCAAAACCCGGAUCCCCUGUGUUCGGUAUGGCCCAGGAUCUGGGCAACAUUACAUCGUCCAAGGACCCCGUUGUUUGGGCCGUUGGAUUCACUCGAAGUCCUACCAAUACCGCUGUACGAACCAUUGAUCUCGGCGGAAACACCCUAGAUCAUAUCCUGUAUUAUCGCAACACCUUUUCCAACGACGCGGACUUGAUCAAGAACUUCCUGGACGAUUUCACCAAUGCGUCACAACGAGCAGACGACCUAGACGAGAAAGUCCUGACUGACGCACGAGCAGUCUCACUUGAUUACGCCGACAUCGUGUCCCUCGCAGCUCGGCAGGUCUACGGAGCGGUCGAAAUAACGCUAGGGGCGAACUCGUCUGACUGCUUGGCGUUCAUGAAGAACCACGGUGGUCCUGGCAAUUCUGAAACACGCCGAGUAAAUCCUGUCGAGACACUAUUUGCGUCCUUCCCUAUGUUUAUGUACCUUGAUCCCACUCUUGGUCGACCGCUUCUCGAGCCGCUCCUCAGCUUUCAGGAUUCAGCAGAUUACACGAGGGACUUUGCUGCAAGUGAUAUAGGUUCAGGCUACCCGAUCGCACAUGCUUCUUUGAAUUCUUCCUCUCAACAAGGCGUGGAACAAACUGCGAACAUGUUGAUCAUGAUGUACGCGUACGCACGUACUACUGGGGAUGGAAGUUUUGCGGGUCAAUAUUACGGGCUAUUGAGAUCCUACACGAACUAUCUCAUCAAUAAUACUUUGUUCACAACGAACCAAACCUCCGCCGAUCACCGGAGUUUCGCAAAUCAGACAAAUCUAGCAAUCAAGGGUAUCGUUGCUAUCGGCGCGAUGUCUGAGCUCAGCAUUGCUCUAGGACAGACUGCAGAUGCGCACAUGUACAAGAGAAAAGCAUCAAAAUUCAUUUCAGAAUGGGAGGCUCUUGCUUUAUCGCCGUCUACCGGAAGUCUGCAGGCUGUGUACGGACAUAAUAGCACCGCAUCGUGGUCUCUUGGUUACAAUCUUUUCGCCGACCGUUGGCUAGGGCUGAAUCUGCUCAAUUCAUCCGUAUACGACGCACAGACCCGGCUGUACGCCAAUCUGAGUUCCGCAGGGACUUUCAAGUACGGUUUGCCGGUGGAUAGUACUGACCUCCAAGUCGCCAACUCGACAUGGAACCUGUUCGCCGCUGCGAUCGCCACAAACACGACUGUGCAAAACCAGAUGAUCUCCAUGGUUCGUUCUCGAGCUUCUUUGAACACGGCGACGGCGUACGGCGCGUUCCCGAUUACUUAUGGAGCAAGCAGUGGUCAAACUAUCUCGGGCGUGGCGAGGUAUAUCUGUACCUAUUACCCUACCAUGUGA